AUGAAUGGCCGAACAUUCCUGGCUAAAUUGGAUGACGAAGAAAACAUAAUCAAGUCCAAAGCAGAUUCUUACAAUAACCUAGUCGGUCUAGAUGACAAUCGCUUGAGCGAAGAUGUUCGCACUGAUAUCAAUGCUGUUAUUGGCGAAGUCAAUUUAUUAUUACGAGGUAAACUAAAACAAUUUCGCGGCCUAUGUCAAGCGAAUGUGACAAAAUCAACUUCGGGAGAACCAAUACCACUCGAUAGUGAUUUAGAAGGUUUCUGGGAUAUAACAUAUCCACUAAUCGAUAAAGUUAAAGAAAAAUUUGCUAAGCUUGAUAUGCGAAAAGCGAAACAAUGGGCUCCUGUUGAAGAAUACGAUCCAAAUGACAUUAACAAUCGACCACGCGCGCUCGAUGAUCGCUUGAAACAACUUCAACCUCAACAGAAUAAAUCAUCGAAAAUCCCUGUAACAAAAUCGUCUAAUGAUGAUUUGAAAAAACUUAUUCAAGAACGACGAAAAGCAGCUGCGAAUUCGGCAAAUCAAAAUCAUGAUGUGGAAAUAUUUGUUGCACCGAAAUAA